UCUUUACCUGAAGAAGCUCCUUCUUUAGGUCUCUAUUUAUUCCGGUCCGGUCCGGUCAUUAUAUUAAGCGAAGAAAGAAAAAAUUAUAGAGAGAGAAAGAGAAAGGUUGAUAUAUUAUUUAGAUGUUUUAGAAAUGGCGAGUAUUAGUCGGAAGGAUAUGGAUCGGGUGAAGGGGCCAUGGAGUCCUGAGGAAGAUGAGCUUUUACAGCAGCUGGUGCAGAAGCAUGGGCCGCGGAACUGGUCGCUGAUCAGCAAAUCGAUUCCGGGGAGAUCGGGGAAGUCGUGCCGGUUGCGGUGGUGCAAUCAGCUGUCGCCGCAGGUGGAGCACCGGGCGUUUACGCCGGAGGAGGAUGAUACUAUAAUCCGGGCGCAUGCCAGGUUUGGGAACAAGUGGGCGACCAUAGCUAGGUUGUUGGCUGGGCGGACCGACAACGCCAUUAAGAACCACUGGAACUCUACCUUGAAGAGGAAGUGCUCGUCCAUGAGCGCCGAUGAAGGGAAUGAUCUCGCCGAUAGGCUUCAACACCAGCCGCUCAAAAGAUCGGUGAGUGCCGGCGCCGCGGUUACGCUGCAUCUCAAUCCGGGGAGUCCUUCCGGGUCGGAUGUUAGCGAAUCGAGUUUGCCGGUUAUGUCCCCGUCUCAUGUGUUUAAACCGAUAGCAAGAACAGGUGGAGUUCUGCCACCACCGGUAGAGACACCUCCGCCACCGCCACUGAACGACCCUCCUACUUCGCUCAGCCUCUCUCUCCCAGGAGUUGACUCCUCGUCCGAUGUCUCCCCUAGAUUGACCGAGUCAACUCAACCCAUAAGCCCGAUUCAGUUAUUCUCUUCCGCUAUGCAUACACCUCCCCCUCCCCCUCCCCCACCCCUUCCCCUGCCGGUGCCGUUUCAACAGCCACUCGAAAAAUUCGAUCUUGGAGGAGGCGCGCCACCGCCGAUGGCUUGUCCAAUACCGCCAAAGGAGGCGGUGCCGGCUCAGCAAGACCGAGUUUUUCUCCCGUUCAGCCAGGAGCUACUGGCGGUGAUGCAGGACAUGAUAAAGACGGAGGUGCGGAACUACAUGAUGGGCGUCGAACAACAACAACAACCACCAUCGCCGCCGCAGCAGCAGCGUUAUCACCAACACCACCAACAACAACAACAGCAGUUUCAGUUUCAACAGCAACAGCAAUUGCAGAAUGGGAUUGGGCGCGGGAUGUGCAUGCAGCCAGCCACCAGCAAUCACGGAUUGAGAUAUGCAGCGGCAGCUGCAGCGGCGGCGACCGUGAAUCGCGUCGGAGUUAACCGAUUAGAGUAGAGAAGGGAAGAGGAGCCAGAAUCAAGAAUGGGAUUUGAGAAAAGAAACCAUCUUUGUUUCAUUUUCUCGGGUUUAGGCAGCUUUGAAUUUAGCUAUGGACCCUGGAAUGACCAGAACAAAUAAUUUUGGGCUUUGUACAGAGAAACCAAAAAAAAAAAAAAAAAAAGUAGAAAAGAAGGAAAUAUCUGAUGAGUUUGAGUUCCAACGAGGAAGAAUUUCGAUGGAAGGGACAAGUCAAAGAAGAAUGAUAAAAACUUUAAUCCUUCCUUGCCGGAUAUAGUAAACUAAGAACUUGAAAUGAAA